CAGGUAUGACAUCUUUAGCUGGUUCUGAACCAAACCUGUGGUCGGUAAAAGGAGGCAACUGGAAAGUCUGCGAAGGUCUUUUGAACAAAUCUUCUGCAACUCUCAACAAAAAUACACAAAUUAUUGAAAUUAUCAAGAAGCCGACUUCGACCGACGGUGGAAGGCCAUUAUACUACUUGCGUAGUGUCGAAAAUUUGAUUAACACCCCUUUUGAUGUGGUUAUUGUUGCUGCUCCUCUUGACGUUCGUCAGAAUUUUAUUGGUUGUCAAGAGUGUACUAACUGGCCAGUGCAAAGUGAGUUAGGACAGUUUCAGCAGACUGUCGCAACGUUUGUUAAUGGCACACUGAAUGAAGAUGUUUUUGGGAGUAAACCAAACACAAUUGGCACCAUGGAAAAACCGGAUAUAUUUUUCAAGUAUGGUAUUUAUGUUUUAUGGCAAUACACUAGAACCUAAUUGAACAGCUAGAUUAAACUAACUCUAUCAGUUCCAAGCUGUUUUCCCUAGAGUCCUGUAAGGAUCAUCUCUUAUUGAUCCACUGUUACUACAGGAGGAAACCUAAACUAAACUAUAACUUUAUUUAUACUGGAUAGCUCUAUCUGUCUAUCAGUUCUAAACUGUUCUUCCUAGAGGUCCAGUAAGGAUCAUCUCUUAUUGAUCCAGUGUUACUACACAAGGAAACCUAAACUAAACUAACUUUAUUUAGACUGGAUCGCUCUAUCAGUUCUAAACUGUUCUUCCUAGAGGUCCAGUAAGGAUAAUCUCUUAUUGAUCCAGUGUUACUACACGAGGAAACCUAAACUAAACUAACUUGAUCUAUACUGGAUCGCUCUAUCAGUUCUAAACUGUUCUUCCUAGAGGUCCAGUAAGGAUCAUCUCUUAUUGAUCCAGUGUUACUACAGGAGGAAACUUAAACUAAACUAACUUGAUCUAUACUGGAUAGCUCUAUCAGUUCUAAACUGUUCUUCCUAGAGGACCAGUAUUAAGGAUCAUCUCUUAUUGAUCCAGAGUUACUACAGAAGGAAACUUAAACUAAACUAACUUGAUCUAUACUGGAUCGCUCUAUCAGUUCUAACGUACAUUUUCAUGGGUUUAUUUUUGUAGUUCAAUAGGAAAACAGACGUCCGUGUAUAAAGGUAAAGAACCCGCAACGCCAGGUAAUGUGUGGAAAGUCUUCAGCAGAAAACCAUUAACAGACGAGCAAACAGCGAAGUUAUUUUCCCAGACUACAGAAUUGAAAGAAGUGAUCUGGCUAGCAUACCCACAUUAUACACCACCUGACAAAUUUCUGCCUUUUGUGUUAGACGACGGAGUGUUUUAUGUGAACGCGAUUGAGUGGUCAUCCAGCGCCAUGGAGAUGUCUGCUCUGUCAGGCAGAAAUGCUGCCUUGUUGACCGCGAGGUAUUUUAACAAGACGAAACCGGCGUCGCAGGAUAGUGGAAAAGUCCAUGGUGAAUUAUAGUGUUACGAAUUGAACAUUAGGGACCUUUAGCUAGCAGGACGGCAACGGCUAUUAAUACAAUGAAAUUUAUGACAGUGUAGAAAGAAAAUGCAUAAUUAAAGGCCCUUGGGAGUUUUAGACGUCGUCCUUGCUCUGUUUACAACAGCAAACCAAAGAUUUUCACGUUUUGUAUACAACGUCUGCCUUUCAAGCCGCGAGAAGUCGUCCUCGCCAAAUUGGCUUAGUAGAAGUCUUCUCAACUAUAAACCUCUGUCUUAACCUUCUUAAACUGCAAUAAAUUCAUACAACGGAUAAUACAAGACAUGUUGUUCUUAAAGUUACUUAUUUGAACGAGUUUGUUUUGGCCGUCGUCGUCGCGUUGCCGUCACCUAUUUGCUAAAGGUCCCUUAUUACAGUGGGUUACAGCACAGCAAAAUUGCAGAAAACGUUACACAACAACAGGAUGGUAUUCAACUGCAGAAGUGUUGACAAUUAUUAAUAGGGACCUUUAGCAAAUAGGUGACGGCAACGCGACGACGACGACCAAAACAAACUCGUUCAAAUAAGUAACUUUAAGAACAACAUGUCUUGUAUUAUCCGUUGUAUGAAUUUAUUGCAGUUUAAGGUUAAGGUUAAGAUAGAGGUUUAUAGUUGAGAAGACUUCUACUACGCCAAUUUGCCGAGGACGACUUCUCGCGGCUUGAAAGGCAGACGUUGUGUAAAAAACGUGAAAAUCUUUGGUUUGCCGUUGUAAACAGAGCAAGGAUGAUGUCUAAAACUCCCAAGGGACCAUUAAUUAUGCAUUUUCUUUCUACACUGUAAUAAAUUUCAUUGUAUUAAUAGCCGUCACCGUCCUGCUAGCUAAAGGUCCCUAAUUAUUAAUAUAUAGGAGCAACAGAAUUCAACGACAUUUCUCGCGAUUUCAUUCAUUCGACAAUCAAACACACAAAACCGCAGAAUAAUUAAAUUUUAAUAUAAAAAUAUAUUUGAAUAAAAUAUAUUAUUUUUCACAUCAAUCCAAAGCUAUUUGUUUUGAGUGCAUGUGUCAACCGUAGUGCUUUUGACGAGAGUCAAAGUGCAAAAUCCCCCCUCCCCCCCCCCCUUGUGCAUCCAGUACAAAUGCUUUUGAAAUAUUUAACAAAAAUAUAUCAUGUACAUAACAAAACAAUUUGAUACUAUUAUAUUAUAAACACAAAUCUUUAAAGUUGCGCCUGUGCUUUUAACAAACAGUUCUUGCUAGAUUAUGGAACACACCCAAGGGCAAAAAUGUACGGUCGAAAUGUCCUUUAAUCUUGUUUUUUUGCUAAAGUUUAGGCCUUUAGGGGAAAAGCAUGGUUUCGUGCAUCUUGUCGUGACGAAACUGGCCUUUACAUACAGCACACAAAAGACAAGAUGGAUCCACACUAUUACAUAUCAGUGACAAACGACGACAGUUGCAAAAACCAGGUCGAAUAACCAUUAAGCAAAAAACAAGAUAUUUAGCACAUUUUACGACACGACUUUAGCUUCAAGACACACAAACCGCGAACCACAACCAUAAUACAGACAGUCCAGUUCAUUUCCUUCAAUUUUCGCCUUCGAUCGUAUUCGUAAACAUUUUAAUGUACUCGUUGAUCACAGGGAUCUUCUCGUUUUCCUCCGCGAUUUUAUUUUGAUACAAUGAUUUCUUUUCGGCUGCUUCCCCUUUUUCUUUCCUUGCCGUUUCCGCUUCUUUUUUCCAUUUCAUGAUAUUUUCACACAGUUUCUUUGCAUUCUCUUGUUCGCGUUCAAUUUUCUCUCUCAGCCUUUCAAAUUCCAUGUAUUUACGUAAUUCACAUCGUGCUGCCGCUAAAUGUACGAAAAAUAUGUGUUCACUUAACUAAACUAACUUUAUUUAUACUGGAUAAUUCUAUCAGUUCUAAACUGUUCUCCCUAGAGAUUCAGAAAGAGUCGUCUCUUAUUGAUCCAGUGUCACUACAAGAGGA